UGUUACAUUGUAUCAGUGAGAAGUACAGUGCUCAGGGGCCACAGUGCUGUGUGACCGGGGGAAUGGGCAGGAGCUGGAAAGAGCGCCAGGCAGAGCACUGGGGGGGGCCCGCUGUCCUAAUUAAAUAAACUACCCGGGGGCAGCAGGAAACUGAACUGCAGGGCAAUGUCUGUGUGUGACAGGUUGCUCCUUGGUCUCCUGUGGAACCUCAUAUCUGGUUGGGCGAAUGGUACAUCCCUUUUUGGACGACUAGGGACCAAGAUGGAGAUGCCCUGCAGGUACCAGCCUCUCCAGGCCCCUUUGCACCAACUUUACGUGUACUGGCAGAUUAAGGUUUCAGAGGAAGACUUAACGGUUGCUGCAGUAGUUGAAGGGCAGGUGGAUGAGAAAUUCCAACAUUGGGCAUACAAGGGUCGUGCGUGGUUGGAUCCCAUGAAGCUUAAAGAAGGAGACUUCACCUUGUACCUCUCCAAUCUGACUGAGAAGGACCAGGGGACAUAUUUGUGUAUUGUUAUGUUUAAGAAACUGCCCAUGAUGACACUUAUGCAGAACAGCACGGUGAAACUCAAGGUUCAGGCCGAGUUCAGCAUCCCAACUGUCUCCAUCAACAUGAUGCCUGGGCUGGAGGUCACGCUCAUCUGUAAUUCAUACGGAGGGUUACCGAAGCCAAGGGUCUGGUGGCUGAACUCAGUGGAUGGAUCCCUGCUUGGUUCUGGUCACUUGAAUAUCACUGUAAAUGUUACCCAGUCCCUCAACAUCACCUGCAUCGUGGAGAACCCACAGGGAAAUGUCACCUCACUGCCAUACUUCCUAGAAAUCCCACCUCAUAAUGAGCAUUAUGCUGAGCGGCAGAGUCACGUUUCGGAAACUGUGAUUGGUACAAUAUUACCUUUAAUUGUAUUGGCCCUGUUGGCUGUUGGACUGUGUCUAGCAAGGAAACCUCAGUGCGUUUGGCAAGUGGAACCAAAGGAUAAUAAGGAGGGCACCGAAUUACCAUUACAAGGAAGGAACCCUGAGGUGAGAUGGGACAUGAACCUGGAUGGGCAAGUAAAGCAAUAGAGGGAUGAAGAGAAACUCAUGGAGACAUAGAACUUUGGGACAAAUGAAAUGUGACUCCUGUGGAAGAAUUUGCUGUGGUGGUUCCUGUCCCCCAUACAUCCCAGGCUCCUUUUGGAGGUGACGUUCUGUUGUUGGUGGGAAGGUACAGUAGAAGCUCAGAAUGAUCACGUGGCCUCAAGAUUAGACCUGAAACCUGUGUUGCACCAGUUGCCAAAUAGUUCUUCUUCUGUCUGAUUUGUUUGUCGGAGGCUAUGAGGGGCACCGCAGAGGAAUGACACAAGAUUCGUUUCUGUUUAAAAUGUGAACUCAAGGGGGCGGACUGCUGCAGUCCAGUAACCCAUAGCAACCAUACAACUAUCAGUUUUGAGUGAUGUAUUGCCGUUAGAAUGAUCAAAGCAUAUUGAUAUGUAAGGACCAUGUUGUACUAGUACCCCAAAAAUGCAAUUUUUUCUGCAUCUCACUGAGAUCUUUAUCGGUAUUUAGUGUGUGGUGGGGCAUGUACCAGACUGUAUCCACUCUUCCAACCCCUACAGCCAAGAUGCCUCACAUGGAAUGGAGAAGAUUGAUAAUUAAAUUAGCCUACCGGCUUUAGUAUAACUUA